UCAUCUUCAACUUGUUCAACUCUCUCAAAACCAAAUAAAAUCUUUCACAACUCAAAACUCAAGCUCCAAAUUUUCACUUUACACCUUUGAAUUCAUUUUUUCACACAUGGACGAGAUCGACGUGCCUCCGUUCUUCGUGUGCCCUAUUUCAUUAGAGCUCAUGAAGGACCCCGUGACGGUCUCCACCGGCAUCACCUACGACCGCGACAGCAUCGAGAAGUGGCUCUUCGCCGAGGUGAAGAACGACACGUGUCCCGUCACGAAGCAGCCCCUCCUCCCGGACCUCACUCCGAACCACACGCUCCGCAGACUCAUCCAAGCCUGGUGCACCGUCAACGCCUCCCACGGCGUCCAGAGAAUCCCCACACCAAAACCACCGGUCGACAAAACCCUCAUCGAGAAACUCCUCCGCAACACCUCGGCUUCGGACUCCCCGAGCCUCCAGCUCCGGUCCCUCCGAACCCUCAAGUCCAUUGCCUCGGAAUCCCAAUCAAACAAACGCUGCAUCGAAUCUGCAGAAGGCGCAGUUAAUUUCCUAGCAACAAUUAUAACCACCACCACCACCACCACCACCAACCUACUCGAUGAUGACAUCGAGUUGGAAAUAAAAACAAGUACAGCCCACGAAGCAUUGAGCCUUUUACACAGCAUUCAGCUGUCAGAGUCCGGUUUGAAGGCUCUGUUGAACCAUCCAGAAUUUAUAAACUCUCUAACCAAGAUGAUGCAAAGAGGGAUCUACGAGUCACGCGCCUACGCUGUUUUCUUGCUGAAUUCCUUGUCCGAGGUGGCGGAUCCGGCGCAGUUGAUUAACCUAAAAACUGAUUUGUUCACUGAAUUGGUUCAGGUUCUUAAGGAUCAGGUUUCGGAGAAGGUCUCGAAGGCGACCCUGCAGGCAUUGAUUCAGGUGUGUUCGUGGGGCAGAAAUAGGGUGAAGGCUGUGGAGGCUGGAGCUGUGCCGGUUCUGGUGGAGCUUCUUCUCGAAUGCAACGAGAGAAAACCGAUAGAAAUGGUGCUGGUUUUGUUGGAGAUUUUAUGUCAGAGUGCUGACGGGAGGGCGGGGCUGUUGGCCCACGCGGCGGGGGUGGUGAUCGUGGCGAAGAAGAUUCUGAGGGUUUCAACGAUGGCGAACGAUAGGGCGGCGAAGAUUCUGCUUUCGGUGUGCAGAUUUUCCCCCACGCCGGGCUUGGUGCAGGAGAUGGUGCAGCUUGGGGUGGUGGCAAAGCUUUGUCUGGUGCUGCAGGUGGAUAGUGGGAACAAAGCAAAAGAGAAAGCUAGGGAGAUUCUCAAAUUGCAUGCUAGGGCUUGGAGGAAUUCGCCUUGCAUACCUCACAAUUUGCUUGCUUCGUUUCCAAUGAGUUCGUGAAAGAAAGAAAAUCCACUUUGUUUUUGUUUUGUUCGUGACACCAUUGGAUGUAAUCGAUUAUUUAAGAAACUAAUUCCUUCUGUGAGAUCUAGUUUGCGGUGAAAGAAAACCGAAAGUAAAUCACAGUUGAGUUUUCAAUUGUAGCUAGCUAGUUUCUUCGGUGGAUUCUUGUUUAUUAUUUUGAAUUUUGGUGUUUUUCGUCAUUAUGUGUACAGAAUUGUUUGGGAACAUUCAAAGGAUAGGUGUGGGCAUCAAAUGUUGCCCGAAACAAAUUGGAAAUUUAUUGUCAAUUGCAUAUAUUAAUGGAAUACUGACACAAACUCACACUGGUUGUUUUGUGGUGAACUUCAUUACUGA